AUGUUUUCUCGAGCGAACACCAACGCGGACACGGACGCUGCAUCCGAGGAGUCGUCGCGUAGCGCCGCCGAGGCUGAGCCGGAUCCGGACGAGGCGCCGACAGAGACCAGGACGCCCGAGAUGAACCUCGUGUUCCAGGCCGUAAAACGCUUCCACGGCUUCCUCAAGUCUCAGCUGUACGCGGACACCAUCCUGGGCAGGUCCACCGCCGAGCUGGAAGUCGUGUCCAACGUCAGGAGGGACUUCAUGCUGUACGUCUUCCUUCUACUGCUCGUCCUCUCCUUCCUGGUCGGCGUGUUCGGGCGCCACAUGAGCAACGUCAUCUGCGUCCCGUACCCGGCCGCGAUCUCGCUCAUCGCCGUGGACAGCAACGUGAACAAGCGCUACGUGAAGUGGAUCACGUACUGGAUGCUCUUCGGCUUCGUCAACCUGGCCGACAUGACGUGCCCGCUGGUGAGCCGCCUCGUGCCCCAGUACCACCUGUGGCGGACGGUCUUUCUCGUGUGGUGCUUCUGUCCGUACAAGUGGAACGGCUGCAAGCUAGUUCGCGAACGCCUCUACACCGCCAAGAACAUGAGGAUCAUGAGAGUCGUGGCCUACGUCUUCUACGAAGGUACCAGGAUGUUGACGGCAGAGUGA